AUGGCAACACCCCUUACGGUUAACGGAAACGUGCUCCUGACGGCUAGCGAGGCGCCGUCACCAGAUGCCAGCGGCACAAAGUACAUCUACAUCUCGAGCACUGAAACCAUCAGUAAGAGCCGGAAAGAGGACCUGGCUGCCAAGGGCGUAACAAUCACCGAGUAUCUUGGAAACAACACAUAUCUCUGCCGUUAUGUACCCUCCGACCUCGAACCCAUCAGACAGCUAGGUGUCCAGGCCAGUGUUUACCCACGCCACGUGAAGACCACUACGGCUCUUAAAGAAGCCGUCCAAGCCGGCGAACAGGGUGACUCGACUCCGCGGAAGUACAAAGUCGACGUCGUGCUUCACAAAGGAGAGAACAACGUAAACGACGUCGUCACGCAAAUCACAACAAAGACUGGCCUCACCCCAGACGAUAUCGACGUGAAACACAACAUAAUCAGGCUCGAUGUUGAUGCCGACACAAUUUCCAAACUGGAAGAAGUUGAUGCAGUUAAGACAAUCGAGAAGGUGGUCCCCAAAAAGUUUUUCAACAACACCGCCCGCAACGACAUGGGAUUCGGUGCAGUAGAACCCCCACACACUACCUACACUGGAAAAGACCAAAUCGUGGUCAUUGCGGACACGGGUUUUGAUGAGGGCCGGAAGGAAGACUGCCAUCCAGCAUUUACAAACCGCGUGGUCGACCUUGUUUCCGUGGGGCGGAAGAGGAGCGGAAAAACGAACGACUAUGACGGUCAUGGAACACAUGUAGCGGGCUCCGUCCUAGGUAGCCACACCUCUGCGAAGAUGGGCGGAGCGAUCAAGGGGACUGCCCCUGAGGCAUUGAUGGUCAUGCAGUCUCUCCUUGACACGCGCGGCGGCCUGGACGUUGGCGCUAAUUUGUGGGACCUCUUCCAGCCGCCUUAUGGAAAAGAAUAUGACGAACCCUUCAACCAGCACAAGGCCCGUAUUGCCACCAACUCUUGGGGCCCGGGAUGGAUCGGACAGCAAAUUGGGUAUGACUCGGACGCAAAUGCGCUGGACGCCUUUGUCUGGAAGAACCAAGAUCAUGUUAUCUUGUUUGCCGCCGGCAACGAUGGAAUGGAACUGUCGGCAACCAAUGCCCACAUUGGAAGCACCAGCGGCGCCGCAAACUGCAUAAGUGUCGGUGCCACGUACUCUAGCAGGACUGCCAAGGGCUUCAAGUACGACCCAGAUGGACGCCCUGGAAAGCCGGAUAAGGUGGCUGAGUUCAGCUCACGAGGCCCGACAACCGAUGGUCUUAUCAAACCCGACGUUGUCGCCCCUGGGGUUCCAAUACUCAGUGCCUGCUCACGGGACCCGGCCAUCACGGAGGCAGCCCGUCAGCGAGGUGGCCCUACAGAGGAUGAAUUAUGGAUGUUUCUCGCCGGCACAAGCAUGGCCACUCCGCUGGUGGCGGGAUGCUGUGCCGUGUUGCGUGAAGCGCUGUGGGCGGUCGGCGUAUCGACGUCAAGCGCCGCCUUGAUCAAGGCCCUGUUGGUGAACGGGGCGGACGACCUUGGUCUCCCUCGAUCCCAUCAAGGAUUUGGCCGCGUCAACAUCAAGAACUCGCUUCUGAGCGUCGAAGGACGACGCAGUGGUAGCGGUGAUUUUGUUGACCAGAGACUCUCUCUCGACCUGGAACUCUAA